UAUGAAUUUAUAGUUAAAUAUAUAGCAAGAAGUUGCUAGAUUUGCAGAUAUCAAUCACAUCUAUGAAACAGUACAAAAGAAAGGAUACUUGAGUCAGAUUUCUAAAGAAUUUGAGGACAUUUUUAUGAAUGAAAUCAAUUUUGCACAACAAAGUAAAUGUAAUAUGAAUCUGAAGGAUUGAGAGAAGUGAUUACAGUAAUGGAAAAAUAAGGAUAAAAGAUUGAAUACAAUUUAUAACUAUCAAGAAAUCUGCAAAUAUUUAAAUCUAACUUUGAUGUAAUAGUUACAGCUACCAUGAAUUAAAUUUGGAAUAGACUCUUAAGCGAAUUAAAUGUCUUAGGUUAAGAUCAACAGUCAUAGAUCUUUAAUAUAGAUACAUCUCAAACUGUUAAAAGAGUAAAUGAUCUAACCAAAUAAUCUGUUUCUGAUUUUAAAAAAUUUGCAUCCAAUCAAUCUAUAUGCAGCAGAUCACCAAGCAAAAUGUCUUCCAAGGUCAUUCCAUUGAGUGAAAUGUCAUAUUAGUCGAAUGGAUCACCCACAACAUUUCCUAAAGCUAGAAGACAAUUAGACAAUAGUCUAACUACAAGUUCUCCUGGAGUAGGAAAGUAUAAACUAGAUUAGAGUUUGAAAUGUAAUAAUCAAUAUUAUCGAUAUUUAGUGAUAAGAGAGACUUCCCCUAAUGCAACAAUAGGAAAGGCCCCAAAGAUAAGUUGGAUAGAUGAAAAAAUCAAAAAUGAAGAUUCUUAAUCCCCUGGCCCUAUUUAUGAUCCUGUAAAAACCUUCUGUUCUAAAAAAAUUAAAUGA